AUGUCCUACACUUCUCAUUCUUGCAGGUGCUGCUUUCCUACACCAUUUCCAACAAAGGAAGUAGACCAGCAAUCUCUUCUUCUGGAGUCCACUCCAGGAGAAUCCCAGGGAGACAGGCAUUUGCACAUGCACAGUCACUGCACUCAAGCUGCAGGGGCCUAUGUUCGACUCUGUGCCCACAAGCGGCAGAGCUGGAGAGAGACUGGGAAACCUGGUAUUCCUGGCCCAGUAGUAUCAAAUCCCAUCACCAAAGAACCAAGAUCAGAGCAUGAAGCCAUGAAAAGGCGGGCCCAGCAAGAGCCUUCAGCUAUCCACACAUCCUCAAGUGAUUCCUCAUCCCUUGUAUCUCCAGUUGAUAUUACCCCUUCUCUCAGCAUGUCAGACAAUUUCCAACAUCAAUCUCUACUUGGAACUGCAAACUCACCACAGCUCUCUGUUCCUGUGGUGAGUGAUGCCACUUCUCUACCAGGAAAUGUCUGCAACCUCUCCAGAAUCUCCACUCCAGCCUUCACUUCAACAUGGCCACUACCAUCAACCUCUGGCAUCUCUUUCCAGCCACUCACGGGUACUGCCUAUCUUUACCAACAUUCUAGCACACCCAUGCUGACAGGAGUUACUGGCCAGAACCACAUCUGCACUUCAGCCUCCUCCUGUCCCAGUACUUUUGAAAGGAAGUACACAGGACACACUAAAAAGAAGUCAUCUGAACUUAGAGACUUCACCGUGACUCUCAACCAGGGCACAGCAGUCCCUUCAAUGGCUGUGACACCACGAUAUGUGGAUGCCAAUGCCAUAGUCCCUCUGUAUCCAUCACUGUCUGCCAGCCUGGUCCAUGGGACAUUAUCUCAGAUUCCACAUCAAGAGAGUAGCAUAUUACUUCCCUACCAACAAAGAAACCAGGUUUACUACUAUAAUCAAAACACUGUGGGCCCUCUGUUGUUUGGAGAGCCUGGUCCCUGCCUGCAAUCAUAUGGCUCUGUGUCCUACACAGGGAGUGGGUUCUUUGCUCCUCAGCCAGAAAUAGUGAUGACACUCCAAGAGGUCCAGCCUACAGAUGUCUUACCACCAGUCUCCACUUCUGGAAUCUACUACUCUGUGUCUGCUCAACCUAACACAGAAACCAAUUUCCAAGUGAUGGAAACUAACCUGGGAAUGGAAACUUUCCUAGAAUUGCAAUUUCGUCAGACAUUUUGUCAGCCAGAAAUUCCAGACAGCCCCAAGUACUACAAGUAUCUCAAACAAUCCAAUGUUUCUACUACAACCGACAUCAAAGGUACAGAAACUAAUUGCAGCCAAAACAAGAUUCUCCUCCAGGAAAACUCAGUGGUCACUAAGCAUUCCACUGAUCAAGUCCAAAGGAACAAGCAUGAAGCCUUGGAAAGUGUGGAUGGAACUCCUGAGGUCAAAGUCGAAUGCCAGCCCCCAGAGCUCCUGCUGGAGGAAGAGGUGACUGUGUGCACCAUCCCAUCCAGUGAGCAGGCUUCCGGGAACACAGACAAGCAUUCUGACAGCAAAUCUCCAAAAGCUGCAUCCAGCAGGGUCAGCAAAACUAAGAGCCAUGCACAGAAAGAGACCAAAAGGAUCAGGGAGAACCACCCCAAGAAAUGUGAUGAAACCAAGCAGCCAGGGAACAAAAUCAAAAAAGAAGAAAAGACAAGCAUUCCCAAGACCAAGCACAAGAGAAGUCACCCUGAGCUUAGCCAAGAGACCUUCAAAAGGCCUCGAACCAACCUAGGCGUGCAGAUGUGGGAGUCAGUGCAGGUUUUCCAUGCACUAGGGAAGAAAAGUGAGAAGAAAAAGGAGCUGCCUUCUCCCAAGGCCUUGAGAAAUGCCAGCAGCACACAAGAAACCAAGUCCACUCCAGCUGUGAAAUCCUGGCUGGAUAUUCCCCAUGAGGGCAAAGGCCCUAAAAUUACUCAAGUCAAGAAAAGGGAUAGGAGUGAAAGCCAGUGUCCAUCACCAACCCAGGAUGAGCUGCCUCCACCUGGGAAGGUCAAGCUGGUUCCUUUGCCUUUUCUAGCCCCAGAGAAGCCUCAAGCUCGACCUGUUUCUCGCAGGCCACAGUCUCUGGCCUCCCGGAGACCCACUGUACCUUACCGUGCUCUCCCUUGUUCUAACACAGCUCAGCCUACUCCAGUCAGCCGAUCUCAACCAGCUACUGCCAACACAUGCUUCAUAGGUUCCACCAAAACAUCACAGCCAAUUGCAGCCAAAACAAUCAAACAGGGAUUGACCACCACUCCUCAGCCUAGUGUGUGUCAACCUACCGUUGCCAAGCCUAAACCCUAUGAAACAUCAUCUUCCACUUCUGUGCAGCAGAAACCUGUGUCAACUUCUGGGACCAAGUUCCAGUCACCACCUAACCCUCAAAGCCAGUAUCUACUCCAAGACUUCAGCCGCCAACCAAUUCCAUGGAGGAAACCUGAUAUUCCUGGGCCAGUAGUAUCAAAUCCCAUCACCAAGGAGCAGAGGCCAGAGCGUGAAGCCAUGAAAAGGCGGGCCCAGAAAGAGCGUGAAAUUGCUGCCCAAUACACUGCUUUGGGGAAACUGCAGUUUUUUGCUCAGAGGCAAAGAGAUAUGGAAGUUUCUCAAUAUUAUGGCUAUGUAAUGUAA